AUGUGCGCUAAUGAGGCUGCACUGAUGGGCACUGAUAGGCUGCACUGAUGGACACUGAUGUACAAUCAAACAAAACGCUUCUAUGCAGGGGAGGACUGACAACUCAUGGGGCCCCCCAUCCCAAUAGAGGAUCAUGGAACCUCUGUGUCCUUGACCACACUCAAAGCACACCCAAAAAAUCCUAUAAAAGGUAUCAGGGGCAUUUCAUGGGGCCCCCUACUGACCCUGGGCCCUCGGACAGUUCCCGAGUGCUCUAAUGGUCAGUCCCGCCCCUG